GCGCUGGCACGGCGGGGCGGGACACCUGACGCCCGGGACGGGACGCGGGAGAGGCUGCCGGCGGCCGGGCACCACAAGCUUCUCCCCUUUAGAUGCUUUUCAUGGACUGGAUUGUGAAUGAUUUGAUUAGGGUAAAAUCCCAUGAAGCCAAAUCUUGGUACAAUUCAAAUGGACUGUGACACUGUAUGCCCCACCCUCAACAGUGUUAAAAGGUUUACUCCAACAUGCCUGCCAGCAUUGGUUAUUUUGCGGGCAUGCCCAGGACACUCAGUGCCUCCAACAUGGUCACCCCAGGCAGCCUCAAUCUGCCUCCAACAGAGCCCAUAGAUGGCGAACAGGCUGGGCAGUCCCUCCUGGAUGGAGCUCCAUCCUCAGCCUCUCUGGACACCCUGAUUCAACACCUGGUGCCCACAGCUGACUACUACCCUGAGAAAGCCUAUAUCUUCACCUUCCUGCUGAGCUCACGCCUUUUCAUCAAGCCUGGGGAGCUCCUGGCCAGGGUUUGCCACCUGUGCAUCGAGCAGCAGCAGCUGGACAAACCGGUUCUGGACAAGGCCCGAGUCAGGAAAUUUGGCCCCAAACUGCUACAGUUGUUGACCGAGUGGACAGAGACCUUCCCACGAGACUUCCAGGAGGAGUCGACCAUUGGACACCUGACUGAUGUGGUGGGCCGCAUCGCUCCUUGUGAUGAGGCCUACCAAAACAGGAUGCACCAACUCCUACAAGCUCUGCACCAGAGACUGGCAACUCUGAGUCAGGGGACUGAAAGCCUGGUAGAGGCAGACAAGCCCAUCUCCUACAGGACCAAGCCCUCCACCUCCAUCCACAGGGAACUCCUUGGCAUCUGCAGUGACCCAUAUAUGCUGGCCCAGCAGCUGACGCAUGCGGAACUGGAUCGGCUGCGACACAUUGGGCCCGAGGACUUCGUCCAGGCUUUUGUGCGCAAGGACACCCUGGCCAGUACAAAGCCCUGCUUCAAUGACAAGAGUAACAAUGUUGAAGCUUACGUGAAAUGGUUCAACAGGUUGUGCUACCUUGUGGCAACUGAAAUCUGCAUGCCAGCCAAGAAGAAGCAGAGAGCUCGGGUGAUGGAGUUCUUCAUCGAUGUGGCCCGGGAGUGCUUCAACAUCGGCAACUUCAACUCUCUCAUGGCCAUUAUCUCUGGCAUGAACAUGAGCCCUGUCUCCAGGCUAAAGAAGACUUGGGCCAAAGUGAAGACAGCCAAGUUUUUCAUCCUGGAGCAUCAGAUGGACCCAACAGGGAAUUUCUGCAACUACAGGACAGCCCUGCGUGGGGCAGCACACCGCUCACUGACCGCCCACAGCAGCCGAGGAAAGAUAGUAAUUCCCUUCUUCAGUCUGCUCAUCAAGGACAUCUACUUCCUGAAUGAGAGCUGUGCCAAUCGCCUUCCCAAUGGACAUGUCAACUUUGAGAAAUUUCUAGAACUGGCCAAGCAGGUUGGAGAGUUCAUCACAUGGAAAGAAGUGGAAUGUCCUUUUGAGCAAGACCCCAGCAUCACUCACUACCUGUACACAGCCCCCAUCUUCAGCGAGGACGGUCUUUAUUUGGCUUCCUAUGAAAGUGAAAGCCCAGACAACCAAAUGGAAAAAGAGAGGUGGAGGUCUCUAAGAUCAUCUAUUCUGGGGAAGACAUGAAACACACCGAGCUGAAGGAGGAAGAAGAGAUGGAGCCAAUGGAGGUCAUCAUCAGUCCUGCCUCAGAUGGCCCUGUGGGUGGACACUGAUGCCUGCCUCACUACUUUGCAGACUGAGAUCCUGCAACCUGACAUCGCCAUAUGACCCCAUAGGCACAGAAAAUCUUUUGUGAGGCUUCCGCCAUGACUGACCUGGCAGGGCUUCCAGGCAUGUGGGUGAUUAUGCCUUGGGGAAACUCUGUCUUCGUGACCAAGGGGUCAUGUUGCUAGUCAGUCUGUCACAACACAGCACUAUCCCAGGGGGCUGGGUGACCUGAUCUUAUGAGUAACAAGUGCCAUGGAGAUUAACACCCCAGCCUAUCACCAGGAGGCUUGGGGGCCUCUUUGACUAAAGUAAGCAUGACAUGAGAUGUGCCUGUACCAGCCCCUGCCAUUCUGCCGAUGUCCCUACCCUAUCCCUCCAAUGGACUUGUUUCUGCAGCCCUGGUCACCCUUCCCUUUCUGAAUCCUGCUGGUAUCAGGAUAGCCUUCAGGUGACAGGUGUGAAGCAGUUCAGUGGGACAAACCAGAGUCACAGACUUGACCAUGUAUACAUUACAACCUGCUGCCCCUGUGAGCUUUAGAGUUGGAGUUUGUACAUCCACUGUGCAUAUACAAGUUGGCUGCAUUUCUCAUCCUCGGGCCUAAGAUGAGCUUCAACCAGGAUACAGGGCUGGGAGGUUCCCAGCUUGGCACCAAAAACACAAUAAUGCACUUCAAGAACGGGAUACUGUGGCUGCUUCUAAUCCACAUGGCAUGUUGGGUUGACAGAGCCUGGUGCAUAGCAGUGCUUAGUAAACCUCUGGUCACUGGAUACUUUCUGGCCUGCAUGGUGCUUAACAGUUCUGGUGCAGAGUGGAGAAAGUCAAUAAGAUAUACUGAGGCUCUUCCUUCAGCCCACACCCAAUAUGUGUAUUUCCAGUCCCUUGAACACUGAGCCCAGAAGCAAAUGAACAGUCUGCCAGGAAGUCAGUGAGUGCAAAGUGUAUCCAUCCUCCUGGUCAGGACCUUUUAGGUGUAGAGAGACAUAAGAAAUGGGGAGUUCAGGCUUACUAACCCACCCUGGCUGGCUCCUGCUCACAUCAGGACCCUGAGGCUGUGCUCUGCCCAGAACUAGACUCAGCUAUCCUAGUCUUGGGUCCCUGUAUUAAUUAUUCUUCUCAUUGCUGUGACAAAAUACCCAACUAAAAAGUCACUGGGUCACUGGUCACAAGGAAUCUUCAGUCAGGAAGCAGAGAACAGGAAGAGGGACCUGAUAUAAAAUUUUGAGGUCCUGCCCCCUAGCAGUCCUCUUCCUUCAGCAAGGCUCCACCUCCUAAAUGGCCGACAGACUUCAAUUUCAGUGCCUCUAGCUGGGGACCAAGUGUUCAGACAUAAGCCUAUAAGGGACAGAUUAUAUUCAAACCACAGUAGAUCCCAUCUCAAAGAGAAGAUGGCCAGCAGCCUAGGUGCCUUAACAACACAGGGAGUUCUGUCUGCUGAACAGAGGAUCUCAGUAAGGCCACUGCAGGCAGUCAUCUGGCAGAGGCAUGGGACACAGUGUGUUAGAAUUGAAUGGAGUCUGCCUGGUACCUACACCACACUGUUUCUUUCACCUGAGACCCUAGAGAAUGCAAGCAGAGCAGGGACCUGGGGUAGGGCAGCAGCUUGGCUUCAGCCCCAGACCACAUCCAACUCCCAACCAGUGCUGGGAAUUUUCAGGGCCCCAGAAGCUGCUUCCUAAUUCCCCCCACUCUUAUACAAAAUUGUACUUCUGUCCUUGGCAACCUGUGGGCAACAUUUAAAAAGACCCCAUGUAGGCAUCAGCAGACUCUCCCUGCCUCCUGGCCACACUGAGAGCUUCUUGUCAGAUUCUAGGGUAAAGAGAGUAGAAUGAGCUGGGCUGGGCUUGCCAGGUCCAGGGCUGAUGCCUGUGAAACUGACCCAGGGCCCAGAUCCAGCCCAAGUAGCCUGUCUCCUGCCCCAGCUUGCGGAGCAACUCACCCCAACAGCAGUUCCCUCCUCCGGGCCUGCUAGCC